CCCGCCCUGCCUCCGCCCGCAGGCUGGUGGGGAGCGCGUGUUUAGGUCACAUGAGCUCCCAGCCCGCCAGCUCCGUUCAGGCCCCCUGCCACCCCCGUCGUCCCCGCUGCCCGCGGUCCCCGCCACCGCCACCGGCCGCCUGCCUGUCCCGCUCCUCCAGCCGCGGCCGCCGCGGCACUGCCUGCACCCAGGGCUCGGGAGGGGGCCGCGGAGGAGCCGCCCCCCACGCCGGGCCCCGGGUCCCCGCACCCGGGCCCGCGCCAUGGGGCUCUGGUUGCCGCCGCCCCCUGCGCCGCCAGGCUAGAGCUAUGCCGAGCCCCACGGCGCGCAGCCCCCGCGGGCACCAUGAGCCCCCUGCUCCGCUGCCUGCUGCUCGCUGCGCUGCUGCAACUGGCCCAUACCCAGGCUCCUGUGUCCCAGUUUGAUGGCCCCAGCCACCAGAAGAAAGUGGUGCCAUGGAUAGAUGUCUAUGCGCGUGCCACGUGCCAGCCCAGGGAGGUGGUGGUGCCUCUGAACAUGGAACUCAUGGGCAGUGUGGUCAAACAGCUAGUGCCCAGCUGUGUGACUGUGCAGCGCUGUGCUGGCUGCUGCCCUGAUGACGGCCUGGAAUGUGUGCCCGUUGGGCAGCACCAAGUCCAAAUGCAGAUCCUCAUGAUCCAGUACCCGAGCAGUCAGCUGGGGGAGAUAUCCCUGGAAGAACACAGCCAAUGUGAAUGCAGACCAAAAAAAAGGGAGAGUGCUGUGAAACCAGACAGGGCUGCCAUACCCCACCACCGCCCCCAGCCCCGCUCUGCCCCGGGAGCACCUUCCCCAGCUGACAUCAUCCAUCCCACUGCAGCCCCAGGACACCCUGCCCACGUUGCACCCAGCGCCGUCAGCGCCCUGACCCUCGGACCUGCCGUUGCCGCUGCAGACGCCGCAGCUUCCUCCGCUGUCAAGGGCGGGGCUUAGAGUUCAACCCAGAUACCUGCAGGUGCCGAAAGCCUCGAAAGUGACAAGCUGCUUUUUAGACAGACUCUGCAGGGCCAUUUGCCUCGCAGGCCCAUCUUAGUGGGAGAAACAGGAGAAGAACCAACUCAGCCUGGGAAGAAGCUAUCCCAGGACCUGGACCUCUUAGAGAACUCUCCUGUGACCCUUUGUCUCCUAGCACUGCCAUCUAACAGUUGGCAGGGAACCUCAUAUCUCCCCUUAGCGGGAACAGGGUACUAGAUUAGCUAACCAUCCCAGGCUAGUGAGCAUCCUCUGGCUGCUCUGCUUCCCGUCACUAUGAAGACCCCAAACCUCUGCAAAUGGAAUUUGGGCUGUUAUAAUUGUGACACCACCCCACCAUCCUGAUAAAAGAGACGGAAGGCACUA